GCUAUUGAUCUUUGGUUUUUUGUCUGUGUCGCCUUCAUAUUCUUUUCACUGGUUGAACUGGCUGUAGUAGGAUCUGUAGAUAGAAUAACCGAAAUCAAACGGCGGUCUACGAAAUUAAGGUUACAAAGGAUGCAAAGUGGUGGCCACAUGAGAAACUUACUAAUUUUCAAUUCAAAAUCUCCACCCGGCUCGAUGUGUGGUAUACGUUACCCAGUUGACAACAAUGGUGACGAAGCAUGGUACCAUAUGAAGUAG